GGCUGAACAACCCCAGCUCUCUCAGCCUGUCGUCAUAGGAGAGGUGCUACAGCCCUCUGAUCAUCUGCACUUUCAGUGGUGCUCCCAAAGACUGGCCAUGCCAGGAGAGACCAGCAGCACCUAUGGUUUUGGACCCAUGGACCUGGGGUUGGCCAGAGAGGAGGUUGCAGCCUGGCUCACUGCACAGGAAGGGUCUUUUCCUGCUCAGACUGAUGAGCAAUGAAAUGGUGUGGCAGGUUUGAUCUCCUGAAAUCAUUUUCUGACGUCUGGGGGUGAAGCUGGGCUGUUCAGUGGGAAAGGUCUGUAGCUUUGCAGUCAAGAGAAGAUUCAGCAAAUGUCUUCAGGGUGCACAUCCCACAUGCUUCCUGGGUAGGUGUAGAGUCAUGCCUGGCAGAAGACUGCUGACUGAUGGUACAGACAGACUACUCUCAUUUCACAAAUAGUAGUAGCACAGGAAUUUUUAGGUAAAUAUUCCCGAAAUGGCUCUUGAGGGUAGCCAUGAAUAGGUCUCCUGGCCCAAAGGGUAUCAUUCAGGGAGCAGGUCACAAGACUGCCCUUCUGGUUCCUCAUCUCUAAAAACGUUAUCAUCUUAAAAAGCAGGAGCUGAGCCAUCAGUUAGCAAGGGUUUGGCCAGGGAGAGAAGGGGUUGGUCCUGAGCCAAGCUGGGGUGGGAGGGGAACAUGUUGAGCAUGGCACAGUGUUCAGCUGGGACUUUUCUCAGCAGCCAUCAGACAGACCUCUCAGGAUGUAGGAUGGGGUGGUUUUAGAAAUAGAUGUGCUAUGCAGAGAAAAUGCCUCGAGUUCCCCAAGAAACCUGCUGGAAAAAUGCCCUCUAUUCAAGACACGAGCCAAAUGGCAAUGCUGUGUCCCCGCAGACAGGGGCUCUUUGUGAGGAGUCCCUGUGAACCUGCUGCCAUCCUCCUCCAGCACCGGGAGAGGCCAGCGGCUGCCUUUCCUGUUUUCUGCCUCCUCAGUUUUAUACAUUCCUGCGCCGCAAGCUGGGCGAGCAAACUUCCCUGCUAUUUGCAAGAUGUGGGCGUGCCCUCUGCAAAAUCCACAUCGUGGUCCUCCGAAACCGUUUUCAGAGGUUAGCCAAUAUUUACGCAGUACUUGAGGGAUGCUAGGAACUACGGUUUGAACAGGGAAGUUAUUUUCAGGGGUUGCCUUGUGUUCGAGGCUGCUUCACCUUCCAGCUCACCUGGGAGGUAAAGCAGCUCGUGUUUGAUGUUUUCUUUUUUUCAUCUUCCUCACUGCCAGUGUUCCCCAUCUCUUUAACUUCUUUCUUUGUCCCAUUAUACACUUAUGUUUUAAGCUGGUAGUCAUAGACUUGGGGACUUUCAGCUCACGGUCUCCAGUUCUAGCAGUGUCUGUGCUUCUCUUCUGUAUGGAGACAGAGAGCAUCCAGCCCAUUUGAGGAGGAAAUACUGUCUGCACAGAGAGAUGUUUUUAAUUUAGUGAAUACAUGAACUCUGUAAGGCCAGAGGGGUAUGUUAUGAUCCUCUAAACCAGCAGUUUGCCUAACAUAAGCCACAAAAUCUUACCCAAGAACUCCCACCACCAAGCCCAUUAUCUUCUUUAGAAAUUCCUGCUCCAGAACACUGAGCACAGUAAUUAUUGCUAUGGUUAGAACAAUGCCCCAUAAGAAUGAAACAUUUUUGCUCAAAAUAUCCAAGUCAUAUCUGCUUAUGUCAGAAAAAAACAAUGACUUUAACUAGCAUCUAUUUCUGCUGGCUGCUCUGUUUCAAAAGGGUGAGCAGAGGGAAAGCAUAGUCCUUUAUAUCUUGUGCAUCAUUGCAAAGGGAUUGUGAUUGCAGGAGGUUUACUGCAUUUGACUAUUCCUGUUUGGGAACAGUCCAGGUUGACCAUCAGAGCCAGAGUUGAGCCUGAUGGCUUGGCAGAUAGUGGAAGAGAGGUCCUUUCAUUGUAAACCAAGGGAGGAGUAAGCAAGGAAAUUUGAUAAGAACUCACGAAGGUAACAAAAGAGAGAGCCUUGGCGCUGUCGUUCUGAUGGGGGUGGUUGUUGCAGGGUUCCUGUGACUUAGUGCCAUGGAGGAGCCCUCCUCCAUCUUCUGGAGAGUCUCAGGUUGAACAUCUGCAAGAAUUGUCCUCAGCAUGUUGCCAGACAAGCAAACUAUUGUUGGGCCCAUGAAGCUUGAAGGUUUGUGCUUUGCUCCUUUUCAUUUCCUUUGAUACACCAUUACCAUUUAUACGCUCAACAAUGUUUAACUUGGGAUUCUUCAAAUGCUGUGUGAUCCACGUGUGAUUGCUUCAUUUCAGAACAUGCUAUAUUCCAUAAUUGCUUUAGCUGAGACACAGACCAAUAAACAUCAGUACUUUAUCUCCCAUGUACUUCUCUUUUAUUAUGCAUGUGAUCACAAGCAAUUUGCAGUUUUGCAUUUAUACCAGUGGCAAUUUUGCUUGGUACUUUGGAGUCCUGCUUAAAUAAAUCGAUUGCAAUUAAAAUUCAAGUUAGCACAGACUGCCCAAACUUCUCAUCGAGGCUUUUUUUCACCAGCAAAGUGGUGCUUUGAAUUAUUCAAGCUGGUGUACAUUCAGAAUUUUCCAUUUCCUGAGAUGGUCAUAAAAAAAAAAUCAAAUUAUUAGAUUUGAUAGCUAGGCAAAGCUGCACUAGCUCAGGGGUUAAAAUGGGAAAAAAUGAUCUGAGCAGAACCCUAAAAAAAAAAAAGGUAGUUUAAAUUCAAUUGGAAUUGCUUUUCGACGCAUUCUCAAAAAAAUGAAAAAGAUAACAUCUCAGAAAAAUUCUUUAUUAAAUUCAUUUUCAUAUUUUUUUAAAUUAUUAUUAUACUUUCUGUCCUUGGUUGUUAAAAGAAGAGCUAGCCUUGCAGCCCAGCUGCUGCGCAUCAUUAGGGUAGCACAAAGGUAGCAGUGAAUUUAUCCUAAUCUAUUGAUGGACCUGCCAGUGCGCUGGGGGCCAUCACAUUCUCUUUUCACACUCUUCUUUUGCUCUUUUAAUCAUGUUGUUUUACUAGAUGAAGUCCACUCAACAUCUGGCCCCUCGUGACUGACUGGAAGCCUGAUGCGUUUGCGGGAUGCUCUCCGUGAACGGUGGUGCAGCGAGCCUUACCGACACUGUGCUGUUAACUUGGAAACCAGGCUGGGGAUGGCGGGUACCAAAAGGCAUUUUGAGCUCUCAGUACAGAUGAACUUGCCCUUAACUGGAUGGCCUACAAGCACGAUGUUCAGCGGGGUGUACCUGGGGACAGAGUUAAUCUCCAUCAUGCUUUGACUCCUGCAGACAUUGUCAGACGGCUUCUCACUCUAGGGAGGAGGAGGAUCUGCUUUAUAUGAACCACACUGGCUGUUUUUCUACUGGUGCUCACACUGCCAUGUUGAGUCCCUAGAUCAACUGAUUCCUGCGAUAAUGCUCAACCAGACUUCAACAAGUAAGAAACCAGGAUUCAACAAGUAAGAAAACAAAGGAACCCCCAAGCAAGUAAACAAGCAAGCAGACAAACAAAACCCUAAGUAAACAAGCAAGCAAGCAAGCAAGCAAACAGAAACCCCAAAGGACAAAUGAGUCUUGUUUAUUUAAUUCCCCACUUUGCAGUCAGCCUCAGGAUUUGUGUGGAUUUAAUGCUUUAUUCUUUUUUAAGUUUUUUGGCAUUGGCUGGUAAUUUGUAUUCUGAGUGGAGUCAUAUGUGAACAUUUGCUAGCUCAGUCUCUCUAAAUUUGCAGCACCUGGUGAAGGAGGGAAAAUGGCUCAAGUAGACAUGUUGAUGAGAGCAUCUCUAACUGCAUGUAAGAUCUGAUUGUUCUAGGAUCUGUAUAAAUCUACUGCAAGAAGCACAAGGACUUGGAAAUGGCUGUUCUGCUGUAAACUUCACUUGCAACCUCCGAAGAUAAAACCAAAGUGCCUUUCAUGAAAAAUUAAAACAGUCAUCUGUUCUGAGCCAUGAGAGGAUAUAAAAGUGAAAGAAGUUAAACAGUUAAAGAGUUGAAGAUUUUGUCACGUGCUCUUGUCUGGGGCAAUGUCCAUUUUCACUCUGCUGGGACUCUCAAGCUGGUCUUCGUUGUGAUGGUACUUGAAGCAAUAAGCCCACCUGGGACAAGGCUGAAGAACGAGAUCUGUGGUUUGAUGCAUGGUUACCUUUAAUCCUGCCUGGCAAGAAAGCAAAGGGGAGGAAAGAAAGAAAGAAAGAAAGAAUAAAUCCCUGGCAUACUGACUCAGCACCUUUUGCACUGUAAGCUUUGAACUGUACACACAGCUUCUGUACCUUACCGGUGUUUCAUGUUCCCAGCUAUAAAGCACCUUUGUGUCAUUUCUCAGCCCGUCAGCCUGCAGUAAGUUGUUCCAUGAGCACUAUGAAUGUAAAAGCCAGCCCUGGAGCUGAGGAAGAAGCCUUGAGAAUGAAGAGCAAGACCCUGGGGGAGAGCAGCCACUCAGGAGAUGUCAAGAAGGGACAAGUGAUCCUUGCUGCCUACGUACUUCUAACCCUAGAUCUGACCUUCAUCUUCAUGCAGUUGGGAGUCGUGCCUUACUUGGCAAAGAGCAUAGGUUUGGAUUCAGUGGGGUUUGGCUACCUCCAGACAACCUUUGGUGUCCUCCAGCUUGUGGGAGGUUCCAUUUUUGGAAGGUUUGCAGAUAAGUAUGGUGCCCAAGCAGCCUUAAUUCUUUCCUGUGCAUCCGGAAGUGUCUUCUUCCUGCUUAUGUCCAUCUCUACCAGCAUCCCCCUUCUCUUCCUCUCCAGGCUGCCAGCAGUGUUCAUGCAUGGGCUACCAGGUGCUCAGAAGGUUAUUACAGACGUGACUACUCCUUCCCAACGUGCUGAUGCUUUGGGGAAGCUGGGUCUUAGCUUUGGAAUAGGCAUGAUCAUCGGCUCUGUCCUAGGAGGUGUCCUCUCCACCAAAUUUGGCGUUUUUGCUCCCACAUAUGUCGGGCUGGUGGGAAAUCUCAUAAAUACCAUGAUAGCAAUGUUUUGGAUCCCUUCGCAGGUUAAGCCAAAGUCAGACCAUCAUUUGACGGAGCACAGCACAUCACAGUCUGGCAGCGUGUUUAGCAUCAGAGAAAUCCUACGCCUGAUGAAGUUUCCAGGAGUAAUGGAAGUUUUCAUAGUCAAAGUCUUUGCUGGACUUCCCAUAGGUUUGUUCCUGAUUAUGUUUUCAAUCAUCUCUAUGGAUUUCUUUGGCUUGGAAGCAGUGGAGUCUGGAUACCUGAUGUCAUAUUUCGGUGUCCUUCAAAUGGUUGUCCAGGGUCUGGUCAUUGGAAAACUCACUAGCCACUGCACAGAGAUGACUCUGCUCAAGCUCAGUGUCUUCGUCUUCGCCGGCGUGGGCCUUGGCAUGGCUCUGAUGAGGACCGUGUGGCACUACUGCAUCAUUGCAGUGCCACUGGUGUUUGCCUUCAGCACGCUGGGCACCAUCACCGACAGCAUCCUCACCAAGGCUGUCCCCUCCUCUGAUACCGGUACCAUGCUUGGGAUUUGUGCCUCAGUGCACCCCUUGACCCGGACAGUGGGCCCAACCAUCGGCGGAGUUUUAUACAAACAUUUUGGUGUUUCCUCCUUUGGCUAUUUACAGCUAAUUGUCAAUAUAGGUUUAUUUGUUUACCUCUUAAAGACUAAAAUCCCACUGACAGAGAUGAAAAGCCAAUAAUUCAGUUGCAAGAAAGUAACCCCCUUUAUCCAUAGAAAUAAAGAUGCCUUGAGUUUCA